UAAAGCUUGGCGAUGGGAUGCGAUCUGAUAUAAAUGAGAUGUAGAUGUGCGACGUAGAGAUGGUAUAGGAGUUUAUUGCCCAUCAAUAAGCACCUAUCUUAACUACCCAAUACACAUACCUACAUACCUACACACCUAUCAACUAUACCAUUCAUCAAUCAAAAUCUCACAAUGCCUAUCAAAGAAACCUUCGACUUCGACGCCGACGAGUACCGUCAACAAGUCAGGGGCUACUCGACCGCAAAACUCCAACACGACGAAACCGCCCUAACCCGCAAAAUGCUAACCGGCAGCGUCGCGGUCGGCGCCGGCGUAGGCGGUGCCUACUUCACGGGCGGUCUUACACUACUCCUAUCCGGGUACAAGACCCGAAGCAUGUACGUCUCCAACCAAAAACACAAUAUCAUCCAAGCGGAACUCACGCGCCGCAACGUCGGGCUCCACGAUAUCGAUGCGAAAGACGUCGCUAUUGGCUACACGAUUGGAGCAGCGGCCGCGGUUGUCGGGGCUGAGAUUGGUGAUUUCACGGAGGCGGUUACGAAUACAGAGGCUAUGGGCUCGCAUUUACCGUCCGGCGCGAAUGAGAGUACAGGUUUAACUGUCGAUCCGAAGACCGCGCUUGAAGGUGUUGGUGGGCAAUUUGAUCAGCUCACGGAGCACCUAUCGGGUGGGAAUGCGGCAGAUGUAGCUGCUACUGUUGCUGCGAGUGAUGCUACCGCGUACCACGCUGGUAUGGUGCAAGCGCAGAUUCUCGAAGAACAUGUUGGGAAUGAAGCGACAGAGGCUACGCUCCUGGCUCUUACUACGCAGCCUGAGAAACCGAGUUCGGGGUGCAGACGUAGUCGUAUUCCUAUAAGGGCGUUGAUGUGUAAUGAGUGUAGUCAUUUUAUGGAGAAUGGUGAACAUUAUUGGCAUUGUUGCAGGUGCGGUGGUGAUAACUACGAUAUCUGCCUGAAGUGCGGAGCCAAGGGUGUGACCUGUAACGACAUGAGCCACAGAUUGAAGAAAUACGUGGUAGCCUUGGUGAAAUAAACCUUUUGAGGAUAUUUCUUAUUGAUUACCUGGACACUUACGACGGCGUUGGCGGUGGAAUGAUUCCCGAGUUGCAGCGAAGGGAGUUAUUGGCUUAGACGAAGAAUGUGUCAUUCAUUAGAAUAUGUUUUUUUAAUCCUGCUAUUUUCUUUUCU